GCGGCGGUGGUUAUUUGUGGCGGGGCGCGGGGCGCGUAGUCUGGUUAACUACUUUCAGUAUUUGUACAUUUUUGUCCACAUUAAUUUGUUUUCAUGAAAGCCGCCUUAUUAUUUCCGCCCCGUUAUGAAGCUAUUAAAACCCAAGUGGGUCACUCAUGAAAAUGAUUCACCUAUAUUUUCAAUCGACAUCCACCCUGAUGGCUCAAGAUUUGCAACCGGUGGUCAAGGUGCGGAUUCUGGAAAGGUUGUCAUAUGGAACAUGGCACCAAUUGUUGAUAAAAAAGCAGAGUCUGAUGAAAAUAUUCCUAAAAUGUUGUGUCAAAUGGACAACCAUGAAGCCUGUGUCAACUGUGUUCGUUGGAGCCAUUCUGGCCGUUUUCUGGCCUCUGGGGGUGACGAUAAAUUAAUUAUGGUUUGGAAAAUUAAUCAGUAUUCUGGUGUUAACACAGUAUUUGGGACUGGUGGGGGCACUGUGAAUGUUGAGUCUUGGCGCUGUUCUGCAACUUUAAGAGGUCAUGAUGGUGAUGUCCUUGAUUUAGCAUGGUCGACUCAUGAUGCUUGGUUAGCUUCUUGUUCUGUAGAUAACACUGUAAUUGUAUGGAAUGCUCUUAAAUUACCAGAAACUAUAGCAGUUCUGAAAGGUCAUACAGGACUUGUGAAAGGAGUUACUUGGGACCCAGUGGGUAAAUACCUAGCUUCACAGUCUGAUGAUCGCACAUUAAGAGUGUGGAGAACUGUUGACUGGAAAGAAGAACAAGUCAUUAAAGAUCCAUUUGAGAAGUGUGCAGGUAGCACUCAUGUUUUAAGAUUAAAUUGGUCUCCUGAUGGGGAGUUUCUUGUCUCGGCGCAUGCCAUGAAUGGACCAGGUCCAGCUGCACAAAUAAUUCAAAGGGAUGGCUGGUCUUAUGAAAUGGAUUUUGUUGGUCACAGAAAACCAGUGACUUGUGUACGGUUCAACAGUGUGUUGUUCAGGAGAGCUUCCAAAAAGGCUUCUUCGUAUUCUUGCUGCUGUGCAAUUGGUUCCCGUGAUCAAUCUAUCUCAAUUUGGAUGACAACAAAGCAGAGGCCACUUGUUGUAAUCCGAGAACUAUUUUUAAAUUCUGUUCUUGAUUCAUCUUGGAGUAGUACAGGCCAUCAGUUGAUGGCGUGCUCAUGGGAUGGCACUGUAGCAUACAUAGAAUUUACUGAAGAUGAAUUAGGGAAAGCUUUAACUAAAGAAGAGAAGAUAUCUAUCCAAGAAAAAAAGUAUGGAAAAUCAUUGCUGUCACAAAAAGACACAUAUGUUUCAAGAGUUGUUGAAACUCCCGCUCUGUUACAAAAGCAAGACCAAUCUGCUUUAAAACUGGAUGGUAUUGUAAAUAGCGGUUCAGUCACAAAUUUUGAAGACAGGAAGACUUCCUCUACACCUGUCAAGGGUCCCAUCAACAAACAGAUCGAGACUCGCACAUCAGACGGACGAAGAAGAAUAACACCUAUGUUCAUACCCUCUGCACCUGACCGAGGAGAUAUGCCACAACCAUUUAGUGCCAAUUCUUCCUCACAACCGACUUUUAGUUCAGCAGAAAGUAAAAGUCAGAUUGUUGUGGAAAAGCGAGAAGAUGUUGUGAAGCCAAAUGUAGCUGUAAAAUCUCCACCUAAAGAGGGAUCUACUUCUGCUACCCCAAUUGUUAAUGGUCAUGCUAGCCCUCCAGUUGAAAACACGUCUGAGAAACCAUCAUCCACACCUUUUGCUCCUGUCUCGUUUGGUGGCAAACGCCGUGCAGAGAAAGAAAAAGAUAAGGAAAAGCAAGCUACUUCACAAACAACUUCACAAGCUCAACCAUCUCAACCACCUCAGCCCAAGAGAGCUAGAUUCUGUCUGGACAGGCCUCCUGUCCUCUCCCUCCCACCUCCUCACAACGCCCAGGAUUCAGGGCCCCUCACGGGCCGAGCUGAUGGGCCUGGCAUUGUUCUCCCUGCUCUCAAGAGUGCAUCAAAUUUAGCUGUCCAAGUGGAGAACACUAAAAUUCGGAGAGAUGCCCACUGGGUCCAGGUGGAAAAUGGUUUUUCUCUUACAUCAAGUGGUCCAUUAUCUAGAUUAAAAAUUGUUCGUAGUCCUAUUAUGCCAUCAGAUAUUGUUAAUUCACUGGCUAACUCAAAGGAGGUUACCAUGUGGGAAACAGUUUUCGGUUCUCCGGUUAUUGGUGUUGUGGCAAAUAUGAACAUAGUCUGUGUGGCGUUGGAGGAUGCCACUAUUCAGAUUCUGGAUUUUAAAACUGGGUCACGCCGCACCCCACCUUUGGUCCUCUCUGCUCCCGCUAGCAGAUUAUCCUUAAAUGUGAACUCUUUCUUUAUGGUUGUAACAGCAUGCGGACACAUGAGUAUUUGGGAUCUCAUCAAGUGCCGCAAAGUUAUUUUAAAUGAAAGUCUUUUACCCAUCAUGAAUGGGUUAUCAGGCUCACAAGUAACAUUGCUCAGCUGCUCCUUAUCAGAAAGUAAUAUUCCAUUAGUGUCUUUGUCUACUGGGAAAGCAUUUACUUAUUCAGAUGAUAUGGGCUGCUGGCUGCAAGUUGGCAACAGUCGUAAUCCUGUCAGUAAGAAUUCAGUACACCAAUCAUUCUUGGGCAACCCUGUAUCUAAUGGCACAGCCUUGCCACUGGCAUGCUUACAAGCUGACAUUCGAAGUUGUGGUAAAAGCAGUACCCUCGGGGUCGCCAGCAGCAGCAACGCCGCUUUGGUCAGCCAGCCAUGCUCAUUGGCCUUUUUGGAUGAGCAGCUAGUGUCCUGCAUAGCAACUUCAUCCCCGCGGGAAUAUCAGUAUUGGCUGCUCACAACAGUCCGCUAUCUAGUCCACACUGGUUUAGAGGAGAGAUUACGAUUAAUUUGUGAUGAUCUUUUGGGACCAAUUCACAAAGGAGUGGGUAAAUCUAACUCAUGGGAAAGCUCUGUAAUGGGUAUAUCCAAACACAAGAUGCUCAAGGAUAUUUUGGAUGUUGUUUCAACAAAUUUACGGUGGCAACGCUUAUGGACAGAAUACACGGAUCAAUUGAAGUCACUUGAAGAAUUGCAGAGAUGAAAUAAAUUACCUUACAAUAGUGCGGUAAUAUUUUGUAAUAAUCAAUAACUAAUGUAAUAAUGUGGCAUGUUUUAAAAAGUAACAUGCCUUGUCUGAAAAACCUAUAAGACUUCCACUUUACUUCAGGAAUAUAAUAUCCUAUGAAGUGAGUUAAGUUAAGUCAGUUUCCUACUCUCUGAGAAAUGUGAUAGCUUUGCGUGUUUGUUUGUGCCUUUUUGAGCAUUUUAUUACUUGUAUAUUAUUUUAAGUUUUUAUCUGUAAAUGUAAAUUUUUCUGUUGUACAUUGUGUCAAACUAUUGUAUUCAAACUUACAUCAUCUGUUUGCAUGUAAGAGAGAGACUGUAUUGUGGUCUGGCCUUGAAACCAAAGUUGUCUGUCUGAAAUCUUAUAAGCCUGAUCAUGUUAAUUGUUGAAACUUGUGUACAUGUGGAUAUAGUGCCACACCCAGUAAGAGGUUUGUAAAUGAUUGGGUUAUAGAUUAAAUUGAACUCUUUGUUGAAGAGCUAUAUUUGAAUUGUGUUUAAAAUUUUGUAAUUAUGUUGUGGGCAUUGCAAAUCUACACCUUUUUACGCUUACAUUUUUUUAUGACACUUUUGUACAAACUAUAUUAAAAAUAUCUUCAGAACCCAACCAGUUUCAAACAUUUUGCAUAGUGAGACAUUGUAGCAUAUGAACCCUGAGGCCUGUACAUGAAUGAAAAUGUGAUAUGUGAUAGCUCAUUAAUUUAUUAAUUACUGCCUUUUUUUCUCCCCAUUUUGUUUGUUUUUGAGUUGAUCUCAACAUUUUGGUAUGUGCAACCCUUGAAAUUCUAUGAGUAAGUUUAUUGGGUAUUUUAUACAUCUUAGUGCUCAAUUAUUUUGAUUCUUUGUACUAUUCCCACAAAUUAAACAUUUGAAUAAUA